CGGCGCCGCCCCGCCCCCUCGUGAUCGCUGGCUUGGAGCGGAGCCGCAGAAGGCCACCCCUGCCAGACCUGGGACUCUACACUGGUUCAAGCAGGCUGCUGGAAUUGAGUGUCAGCCACCAUGUUGCUGCUGCUGCACAGACCUGUGAUCCUUGGCCUUCGACAGGCCUUCAGACUGAGGUCAACUUCUUCAAGGCUCUGCAUUCAGACCUGCUCUACAAAUGAUUCAUUUCAGCCCCAGCACCCCAGCCCCAACUUCUGUGGUGAUAACUACAGCACUAGGGGAUGGAAAGUCAUGGGGGCUCUGCUAGGACUUGGCGCAGCAUUGGCCUAUCAUGACCAUCAGUGUAGGGCUUCUCAGGACUCACCACACGUGUACACUAAGGAGGAAGUGAGUUCCCACAGCAGCCCUGAGACUGGGAUCUGGGUGACUCUGGGUUGUGAGGUCUUUGAUGUCACAGAAUUUGUGGAUCGACAUCCAGGAGGCCCAUCAAAGCUGAUGCUAGCAGCCGGGGGUCCCCUAGAGCCUUUCUGGUCCCUCUAUGCUUUUCACAACCAACCUCAUGUGCGUGAGUUACUGGCUGAGUACAAGAUUGGUGAGCUGAACCCUGAAGACGAUGUGUCCCCAACCUUGGAAAUCUCUGACCCUUACGCUAAUGAUCCUAAGCGUCACCCAGCCCUGAAGGUCAACAGCCAACGCCCCUUCAAUGCAGAGCCUCCCCCUGAGCUGCUGACAGAAAACUACAUCACACCCAACCCUAUCUUCUUCACCCGGAACCAUCUGCCUGUACCUAACCUGGACCCUGAUACCUAUCGCUUGCAUGUGGUAGGGGCACCUGGACAUCAGUCACUCUGUCUAUCCCUGGAUGACUUGUACAAGUUUCCCAAACAUGAGAUCAACGUCACUCUGCAGUGUGCUGGCAACCGGCGUUCUGAGAUGACUCAGAUCAAGGAAGUGAAAGGUCUGGAGUGGAAGACAGGGGCCAUCAGCACCGCACGCUGGGCUGGUGCACGGCUCAGUGAUGUGUUAGCCCAGGCUGGUUACCAGCUGUCUGACACUGAGUUCCAUGUCUGCUUUGAGGGACUAGACUGUGAUCCCACUGGGACUGCUUAUGGAGCAUCCAUCCCUCUUGCUCGGGCUUUGAAUCCUGAAGCUGAGGUCCUGCUGGCAUAUGAGAUGAACGGGCAGCCUCUGCCUCGUGACCAUGGCUUCCCUGUGCGGGUGAUAGUUCCUGGUGUAGUGGGUGCUCGCCAUGUCAAGUGGCUGGGCAGAAUCAGUGUAGAGCCAGAGGAAAGUCACAGCCACUGGCAGCGACGGGAUUACAAAGGCUUCUCUCCAUCUGUGGACUGGGACACUGUAGAUUUUGACUCAGCUCCAUCUAUUCAAGAACUCCCUGUCCAGUCAGCCAUCACAGAGCCUCGGGAUGGGGAGACUAUAGAGUCAGGGGAUGUGACCAUCAAGGGCUAUGCGUGGAGUGGUGGUGGUAGGGCCAUAAUCCGGGUUGAUGUGUCUCUGGAUGGGGGGCUCACCUGGCAGACAGCUGAGUUGGAUGGAGAGGAACAGCGCCCCAGAAAGGCCUGGGCCUGGCGUCUAUGGCAACUGCAAGCACCUGUGCCAGCUGGGCAAAAGGAAUUGAACAUUGUGUGUAAGGCUGUGGAUGACAGCUACAAUGUGCAACCAGACACUGUGGCCCCAACCUGGAACCUGAGAGGUGUGCUCAGCAAUGCCUGGCAUAGUGUCCAUAUUCAUGUUUCCCCGUGAGAGCGUGAAAUGAAGCCAUCUAUACCCCAGAGCCACCUAACGCCUUUUUUUUUCCAUCCUGUGACCUCACCGUCACACACCAAAAAAAAAAAAAAAAAAAAAAAAAAAAAAAAAAAAUUCCUUUCCUUGUUCUCCACUUCUUGGAUCACACUCCUAGACUGUGCCUUUUUGAGCUACACUCAGGUACACACAUUGCGUGU